GAUUCCGUUUAGUAAGAGUGGGAAAUGUUUGUAAACAACGUCGUGCACUGCUCUUCCUGUCGGGAGAUAGCCUUCACGGUUCAGCUCGAUCGUUGUAGAUUGUCAGUCUAAGCGGGAACGGCAAUCGGUUAAGAUGCGGAGCCUAAUCUUUCGGUUAGUGAUCAGUGCACUAUUCGUAAUAGGAACACAACAGAGCUCGCCUAUUUGGGACGUUCUGGUCAACUGCCCCAUUCCAAAUGAGUCCGAUCUGGGUGAUUGUGAAUAUCCAGCGGACUGCCCGGCUUUCCAGGAGAUAAACGAUGUGAACAGUAUUGGCAACAUAAGCCGAUUAAGUUUUGUUAGUCAGCUGCAGUGUUCUGGUUUGGCGGACGGAAAAGUGUGUUGCCCGCGAAGAGGGACGUAUCUCAACCCAUGGAUUAACGUGACCAGUUUACCGAAAAAGGUACGGGCCAAGCCCGUUUCGGUCAGCAAAAGAAUCGGAGUCCGGGUAGAAGUGCCAUGCGGCGAACCAGACUUCCAGUUGCAGGUCAAUAGUGGAGAGAUUGCAAAAAUUGACGAUUUUCCAUGGAUGGCUCUACUGAUCUACGAGAAAGCAGUGAAUCCAAUUAGUCCCGGUUGCGGAGGGGCGUUAAUUAGUAAAUCGUUUGUCGUCACAGCGGCGCACUGCCUGACCGGUCCGAUCAUUCAAAAGAAAGGCGCCUUAAAGUUUGUUCGUGUUGGUGAGUAUGACCUGUUCAACAACCCAGACUGUGUUGUAGAUGGUCAGUAUGCCGACUGCACUGAUGGAGUUAUUGAUGAGAGGCCGAAGCGGAUUAUUGUUCACCCGGAUUAUAAAGCAGAUAGUGUUAGUCAGCAUCAUGACAUCGGUCUGAUUGAGUUGGAACGUCCGGUGGAGUUCACGGCGUUCAUUCGUCACAUUUGCUUGCCGGACGCAGCUGGUGGAAAGGUGGGCAAAAAGUUUAGCGUGUGCGGAUGGGGUCGGACAGACUUUUUCAGUGAUGGUAAAGGAGGAAGCGUUCCGAGCCCAAUCAAAUUGAAAACUUCGCUGCCAUAUUUUGACCACGGCAAGUGCUCAGAAAUCUAUCAGCCUCAGAUGCUCCAGCUUAUUCAGGGUCAGAUGUGCGCAGGUGGACGCAAUGCGCGAGACACCUGUUCCGGUGAUAGUGGAUCCCCAUUGAUGUUCUUCGAUACGAAGAGAGCUGCAUGGAUUUUGGCCGGAUUGGUGAGUAUGGGCCCGCAAAAUUGUGGAACUGUGGGCAAGCCUGGAAUCUAUACCAACAUGAAUGAGUAUGUGCAGUGGAUAAAAACGAAUGCGCAUUUAUAAAUUUUAUAAUUUAAUUUAUUUAAAAUAAAAAAAAAGUU